AUGGUAAAACCAUUCUCAAGAUCAAAGCGAACACCAGUGCGACUGAGGCACAAAAUCGAGAAAGCCUCUGCAGCCAAACAGAGAAAGCAACGAAAGGAAUCCAAAAAGAACCCUCAAUGGAAGUCCAGGUUGAAGAGGGAUCCCGGCAUUCCCAACCUCUUUCCCUUCAAAGACAAGAUCCUAGCUGAAAUCGAAGAGAAGAAGCGAUUACGGGCUGAGGAGAAUAACAAACGCAGAGAGGCUGCGAAAGGUGGUAAAGGUGGACAGAAAGAGGCGUUGCCAGUCGAUAAUGGCGGUGCAAGCCCUGCGCUGGCGGUUGGAGAGCCACUGGAUGAGAUGGAAGAAGAUGGGGACGACUUAAACCCUAUGGCUGCUCUUGUAGCCUCAGCACAAGCUCGUGCAACUGAAUACCAGGACAGCGAAGCCUAUGAUGAAAUGGACGAGGACGACGAAGGAAACGAGGACGGUGGAAUCGCUCAACCCAUCUUUGACGGACCGGCCAUUAACCACAAAAACCCGGACUCGUCUCGUCGCGCCUUUGAUAAGAUCUUCAAACAAGUUCUCGAAGCAGCAGACGUCAUUCUCUACGUUCUUGACGCUCGAGAUCCUGAAGGUACUCGUUCUCAGGAAGUCGAACGGCAGAUCAUGGCCGCCGAGAAUGGAGAUAAGCGGCUCAUUCUCGUCCUUAACAAGAUCGAUUUGGUUCCGCCACCUGUAUUGAAGGCCUGGCUCAUGCAUCUACGCCGAUACUUUCCCACAAUUCCUCUUCGAGCUUCGACACCGGCAUCAAAUGCGCGGACCUUCGAUCACAAACAUCUAACAGUCAAAGGCACAUCGGAGACACUGCUAAGAGCCCUAAAAUCCUAUGCAGUAUCAAAGCAACUGAAGCGCUCCAUAUCUGUUGGCGUAAUAGGCUACCCUAAUGUCGGCAAGUCCUCCGUCAUCAAUGCCAUUACAUCGCGCCUCAACAAAGGUAGCCGGAGCUCUGCUUGCGCCGUUGGCUCUGAAGCUGGUAUAACGACUAGCUUGCAGGAAAUCAAGGUUGACAAUAAGUUGAAAGUGCUCGACUCUCCUGGAAUAGUGUUUCCGUCGGCAGUAGGAUCAGAUCAGGGCGCAGAUCGAAGAGGCGGUGACGAAGCUCGCCUGAUUCUGCUCAACGCUUUGCCACCAAAGCAAAUUUCUGACCCAAUUCCGGCGGUCUCUCUUCUCCUCUCCCGACUAUCCUCUUCCUCAGACCUCUACGAGAAACUUCUACAGACAUACAGCAUAACGGCCCUAGGCCCGUUCGGAAAUGGUGAUGUAACAACAGACUUUCUUGUCCAGGUGGCUCGGAAGAGAGGACGAAUAGGCAAGGGUGGAGUACCCAAUCUCAAUGCUGCAGCCAUGGCUGUGAUCACGGAUUGGAGGGACGGGCGGAUACAGGGAUGGGUGAAUGCACCAGGAUUGAAGCUUGCUGCAGAUGCAGGUGCAAAUGCAGAUGCAGAUCCGGAGGCGGUGGGAGAACAGUCGUCUUCGGACGCUGUACCGGAUAGAAAGGAAAUCGUCAAGGAGUGGGCUGAAGAGUUCAAGCUUGCAGGUUUGUGGGGCAACGGCUCACAAGAUGACGAAGUCAUGCAGCAUUGA